UGUUUACCGGGUAACGAUAGCGCGGGUUAGCCGCGAGACAGAGGUGGCUAGCGUGAACCGGUGCUUCUUUCAUCACGAAUAACAGGAGAUUCUUCGCUUUAUUUUGUUAAAAGUUCGGGAAUUUGUUAACGGUUUUCAUAACGUCAGUACACAAACCUUCUAAGGACGUGGAGCAGAACAGCCGAUAAAAAUGUCUGAAAGCGAAAACUGCGUGAAACAGCACGAAGAGCAGACGGAACUUGACGACGCUGGAGGAGCGGAGGAGAAAUCUGACUCUUCAGAUGCUGGAAAAGAGUCUUCUUCGGAUGGUGGGCCUGAUGGAUCAUCCUCCUCUUUUUCAUCCAAAACUAAAGACUCUGCUCCAGGUUAUGAGGAAAAAAUGCAAACAGAUCGGACCAACAGAUUUGAGUACUUGUUGAAGCAAACAGAGUUGUUUGCUCAUUUCAUCCAACCAGCUGCGCAGAAGACCCCCACCUCUCCCCUGAAGAUGAAACCAGGACGUCCUCGCAUCAAGAAAGAUGAGAAACAGAAUCUACUGUCUGUUGGAGAUACCCGCCAUCGCCGCACAGAGCAGGAGGAAGAUGAAGAGCUUCUGAACGAGAGCACAAAGACGACUAAUGUCUGCACUCGGUUUGACGAUUCUCCAUCCUAUGUCAAAACGGGAAAAAUGAGAGAUUACCAGGUCCGUGGUCUCAAUUGGCUUAUUUCUCUAUAUGAGAAUGGAAUUAAUGGCAUCCUUGCUGAUGAAAUGGUCAGGGUGGGAAAAACUCUUCAAACUAUCGCACUGCUUGGUUACAUGAAACACUACAGAAACAUUCCUGGUCCCCACAUGGUUCUUGUGCCAAAGUCGACUCUUUACAACUGGAUGAAUGAGUUCAAGCGCUGGGUGCCUUCACUCCGUGCCGUCUGCCUGAUUGGAGACAGAGAUGAGAGGAACUGCCUCAUCAGAGAUGUGCUGUUGCCAGGAGAAUGGGACGUGUGUGUCACAUCCUACGAGAUGCUCAUCAGAAAGGCAGUAUUCAAAAAGUUCAACUGGAGAUUGGUCAUCGAUGAAGCUCACAGGAUCAAGAAUGAGAAGUCAAAGCUAUCGGAAAUUGUGCGCGAAUUUAAGACGACCAAUCGUUUACUGCUGACUGGAACCCCACUCCAAAAUAAUCUUCAUGAGCUUUGGGCCUUGCUUAACUUCCUUCUGCCUGAUGUUAACUCUGCAGAGGACUUUGAUUCCUGGUUUGACACAAACAACUGCUUGGGUGAUCAGAAGUUGGUUGAACGCCUUCAUACAGUAUGCGCCCCUUUCUUGCUGCGUCGUAUAAAGGCGGACGUAGAAAAGAGCUUGCUCCCGAAAAAGAGAUAAAGAAUAUUGGGCCUGAGUAAGAUGCAGCGAGAGUGGUACACAAGGAUUCUGAUGAAGGACAUUGACAUUUUGAACUCGGCAGGCAAAAUGGACAAGAUGAGACUCCUGAAUGUUCUUAUGCAGCUCAGGAAAUGCUGCAACCACCCAUAUCUAUUUGAUGGAGCAGAACGGCCCCCAUACACCACAGACCUCCACCUGGUGGUUAACAGUGGCAAGAUGGUGGUACUGGACAAGUUGCUACCCAAGAUGAAGGAACAGGGUUCACGUGUCCUCAUCUUUAGUCAGAUGACCAGGAUGCUGGACAUCUUGGAGGACUAUUGCAUGUGGAGGAACUACGGCUAUUGUCGCCUAGAUGGUCAGACACCACAUGAAGAGCGACAGAUUUCUAUUAAUGCUUACAAUGAGCCCAACAGUCCUAAAUUUAUCUUCAUGUUGAGUACGAGAGCUGGUGGGCUGGGUAUCAACCUGGCUACUGCUGAUGUAGUAAUCCUUUAUGACUCAGACUGGAACCCUCAAGUUGACCUUCAGGCUAUGGAUCGAGCUCAUAGGAUUGGUCAGCAGAAACAAGUGCGUGUCUUCCGUUUUAUUACUGACAACACAGUGGAGGAGAGGAUCGUGGAACGUGCUGAGAUGAAACUGCGUCUGGACUCAAUCGUCAUCCAGCAAGGACGACUUGUGGAUCCAAGUGCAAACAAGAUAGGAAAAGAUGAGAUGCUGUCCAUCAUUCGUCAUGGUGCCACACAUGUAUUUGCUUCCAAGGAAAGUGAGAUCACAGAUGAUGAUAUUGAUGCCAUCCUGGAGAGGGGUGAAAGAAAGACUUUGGAGAUGAAUGAGCGGCUAUCUGCCCUGGGUGAGAGCUCUCUCAGGAACUUCACCAUGGACACAGACAACAGCAGCGUGUACACAUUUGAAGGAGAGGACUAUCGAGAGAAGAAAAAGGUCAUUACCAACUGGAUAGAGCCACCCAAGAGAGAAAGGAAAGCCAAUUAUGCUGUGGAUGCCUACUUCAGAGAGGCUCUGCGAGUCAGUGAGCCCAAAGCACCAAAGGCUCCUCGUCCUCCCAAGCAACCAAAUGUACAGGACUUCCAGUUCUUCCCUCCACGACUGUUUGAGCUUCUUGAAAAGGAAAUUCUCUUCUACAGGAAGACUAUUGGCUACAAGGUUCCUCGUAAUCCAGACAUGCCCAACUCGGCCCAAGUUCAGAAAGAGGAGCAGGCCAAGAUUGACGAGGCAGAGGCUCUCACAGAGGAAGAAUUGGAGGAAAAGGAGAACCUUCUGCAACAGGGAUUUACGAUUUGGAACAAACGAGAUUUCAAUCAGUUCAUUAAAGCCAAUGAGAAGUGGGGAAGAGAUGAUAUUGAGAACAUUGCCAGAGAGGUUGAAGGAAAAACCCCAGAGGAAGUCAUGGAAUAUUCUGCUGUCUUCUGGGAGCGCUGCAAUGAGCUGCAAGAUAUUGAGAAAAUCAUGGCCCAAAUAGAGAGAGGGGAAGCCAGGAUUCAGAGGCGGAUCAGCAUCAAGAAAGCUCUGGACUCUAAGAUUGGUCGCUACAAGGCUCCUUUCCAUCAACUCCGAAUCUCCUAUGGCACUAACAAAGGCAAGAACUAUACAGAGGAAGAGGACCGCUUCCUCAUCUGUAUGCUUCAUAAACUUGGUUUUGACAAGGAGAGCGUGUACGACGAGCUGCGGCAGUGCAUUCGAAACUCACCCCAGUUCCGGUUCGACUGGUUCCUCAAAUCCAGGACUGCCAUGGAGCUCCAGAGGCGCUGCAACACCCUCAUUACAUUGAUAGAGAGAGAGAACAUGGAGCUGGAGGAGCGGGAAAAGGCAGAGAAAAAGAAGAGAGGCCCAAAGUCUGGUUCAGCUCAGAAACGGAAGUCUGAGGGAACACCAGAUGCUCGUGGACGAAGAAAGAAGCUGAAGUUGUAAAGCUGUAAACAGCUUGAACAUUAUGUGUACAGCAGAGGUGGAGACCAACAGCCAGCUCUGAUGUUGUCCUUGUUUCUGUUUCUAUUCCAGGCUGAUGUUAUUGUGCUGUCACUGACCUAAUCACUGAACUGUCUAGUUUUUUUGUUUGCUAGUCCUCUGUUUUUUUAUACUAGUAUUUAAUAAAGUCUAAAAUCAA